AUGCCGCUCGAUCCCCCUCGCCUCGCCGCCUUUCUCCCGCCCAACCUGCCCCCUCACAUCCCGUACUCGCGCGCGCUGCAGCAGCGCCUCUACCUCAUCGCGCAGCACCUCAGCCGCCGGGGCCGCGCGGGCUCCUGCUCCCCCUCCGUCCCCACUCCCGCCGCCCGCCGCGGCCUCGACCAGCUCCACGCGCAGCUCCUCCUCAACGGCUUCACCCACAAGCGCUUCCUCCUCGCCAAGCUCCUCUCCCUCGCCACCGCUGCCGCCGACCUCCCCCGCGCCGAGUCCCUCUUCCUCUCCGCCCCGGCCUCGCCGCACCACCCCGCGUCCCCGACCCUCGCCAACCUCCUCCUCCGCGCCGCCGCCAGGUCGGGCGCCGCCCCACCGGCCUUGCUCGCGCUCUUCUCCCGCCUCGUGGGCCGCCACGGGCUUCGCCCCAACGCGUUCUCCUUCUCCACCCUCCUCGCCGCGCUCGCCUCCGCGGGCGCCCGGGCGCUCCCCCACGGCCGCGCCCUCCACGCACGCGCGCUCGCGGGCGGGGUGCUCGCCCCGUCCGGUGGGAGCGGGCACGUGACGACCAGCCUCGUGGACGUGUACGCGGCGGCCUGCCAGCUUGGGGACGCCCGGAAGGUGUUCGACGAAAUGCCGGGCAAAUCGGUGGUCGCUUGGAACUGCAUGCUCGCCGCGUACGUGCGGUGCGGCGAGCUGGACGCUGCGCUGCGGUUCUUUCGCCACGAUAUGCCUGGUCGGGACGCGGUGGCGUGGACGACGGUGAUUGGUGGGUGCGCAAACUCCGGGAGGGCCGCCGAGGCUGUUGAGCUGUUCAUGGGAAUGAGGAAGGCACGGGUCAAGGAUGACGUGGUGACCAUGGUUGCUCUGUUGACAGCGUGCGCAGAGCUCGGUGACCUGGAGCUUGGGCGAUGGGUGCAUGCGCGCGUGGACUGGGAAGGGCAGCAGCAGAGGACAGUGUUGUUGGACAAUGCUCUCAUCCAUAUGUAUGUGAAGUGUGGCGCUGUGGAGGACGCGCUCCACUUGUUUCUGAUGAUGCCGAAGCGGAGUACCAUUUCUUGGACGACUAUGAUCUCGGGUCUUGCGAUCCAUGGUCGUGCCCAGGAGGCACUGGACUUGUUCCACAGAAUGCAGGAGCAUCCUGAUGGUGCCACGCUGCUCGCAGUUCUGCGGGCGUGCAGUCACGCAGGGAGGAUUGAUGAUGGACGGCGGUACUUUGAGAGCAUGGAAAGAGUUUAUGCUAUAACCCCAGAGAUACAGCACUAUGGAUGCAUGGUUGACAUGCUCUGUCGCUGGAGGCACUUGCACGAAGCACUUGAGCUUGUGGAAAAUAUGCCAUUCCAGCCAAACGAGGGUGCGUGGGGUGCACUCCUGAGUGGAUGCAGAAGGGAGGGCAAUCUUGAGCUUGCAGCCAAAGUCACUGAUAGAUUGGUUGAGCUGCAGCCAGAACGAGCGGCUGGGCACCUUGUGCUGCUGUCCAACAUGUAUGCUGGCGUCGGGCAGUGGGAGCAGGCUGGGAUGGUGAGGGCAAGAGUGGCCGCACUGAAUGCUGAGAAGCCUGCCGGAAGAAGCUGGGUGAAUCAGAAUGAGUCCAGCGUGGUGGUAGCAUAA